AUGAGAUCUCGAGACUCUCUUCUCUUUGGAUUCUUCGGUGCGCCUAGUUUCCGUAGUGUAUUAGAGCAGGGGGGAAUAGAUAGCCGCUGUACCUCCGCAGUCGGCAGCUACAGGGCUGGCUGCAGUUGUGCCGACUUUCCGUGGGGUGAGCGGUCGCUGGCGUGGGAUAUACGUAGUAGUAAUAACUAUUACGCAGAAUCCCGUCGUCCAAGAGGCAAUAACAAUAUUCGAUGGGGGGAAUCGAUCGCUUCGUGGUCGUGGGUCGCUCUAGACGUACCACCGUGCCAUCAGAUGAAAUCAGAGCCGCAGCCAGUUGCGUACCUGCCGGCCGUUGCCAUCACCUCUCGUGGGGAUGUCUUGCAGAGGACGUCCUGUUCUGGGUCACCUGACUCGACUACCGACACGAAAAAACAAGAUCGCUCUCGAAACGCUUCCCUCUCUGAUUCUUCGAUGCGCGACUACGAACCCGAUCCUGAAGCUGAAUCUGAAGCUGAACCUGAACCUCAUCCACAUUUUGUGCUUCGGGCCUCGGGCUUCGUUACCCUGACUCUCCAGACCAAUGCGAGGGCUCAACUCUCUGCACUCUUACCAUGGGCAACCGCGCUCACACUCGAAGGAAGAUGGAAAAAUGCCCUUUCGCACCAAACCACCCCCCCCCCCCCCCCCCAAAAAGCUGGAGGAGCAGGCCGUCUUUUUUCGGCGCGCAUGCCUCCUCAGCAGGAUCAGGACCAGACAGCACAGGACAGGAUGCGAUGCGUUGCGGUGCCCGUUGCCGAUAUAUACCGCCCGUUCUUCCAACUCGUUGCUUGGCCUCACCCCCACGCCUACCUAGCUUGUUCCAUGGUGGUUUUCCAUACAGUAGAUGCUUUCGAGUGGCUCGUCGGCUUGUCUCCCGCCAGUGCCACGCAGCCAGGUAAACGCAAGAAUACCGAUUUGGGAAAUCUGGGGCAAGGGCAGUAUGCGCUCUACAUGACUCGCAAAAGUCUACAACAGCGCUCGGGUCCGACGUUGCCAUGUGUCGCAGUAGGUGUCACUCUGGAUGAUCAUCGUUAUGAUGAUGAUGAUGAUGAUGAUGAUGAUGAUGAUGAUGAUUUAUGCGGCCUGGCACCUCAACGGGCCAGCAGGGACCCCGUCGUCACCUUUGACUUUGAAGCAUUUGGCGUGUUCCCCUCACCGCCACGAGGCUCGCUGCUUCAUACUUUGCGCCCGGUCCGACAAUGUUCAGAGCAAGAAGACCAUCGCAAGUCCCUAUAUUCUGAAUCCGUCCAUGAUGGUGUGCAGAGACCACCUUGCGAUCUGACUUCAGUCAGUCCCUUCUUCUUGACGAGUCAAGCCUUCUUCCAAAGCAGACAGAGGCUGCAGGACCAAUUGAGAAAUGCUAUCGGGGGUUUCCCAGCCGCAACGGCUUCCUCCUCGAUACGAGACGACACACCCACCCGCUGUCACCUGUUACUUCGAGAAGUACGCCGUCCUACUAUCUUCCUCGGCUCUGCUUCUUUUGCUGUUAUGAUGUCAGCGAAGGAAGACUACAGGACAGACAGUACCACUGUUAUUCGCUGCUCUGCUCCAGGGUACCCCCACCCUCAUACUCGGGAUGCCGUGCGGCGUGAGCGUGGACGUGGGCAUAGGCAAGGGCGUGGGCAAGGGCGUGGGCAAGGGCGUGGGCAAGGGCGAGGGCGUGGGCGUGCCAGGACUUCCCGCCUCGCCAUGUGUGGAUGGCAGGAUGAGACGGCAUCCGAUCAUCUGGCCCGCGCGAGGGCGCGACGAGACCACAUGGCCGCAACUUCCCCGAGAGGACACUCGUAUAGGAGGAAAUCGACUCCCUGCGUGUUGAUGGACUGCUCGGGGAGGCGAACGAGACCAGCCAGCGCUUCCCGGUCGCGCACUCUUUGGGCGAGCUGCAACUCCGGACUACAGUACUACUACGUACCUACACACUGGACGUAUAUGCAAGCGGAUGGAUUCCCUUCGCUUGUGGUGCAGUGUGCAGUAUGCAGUGCAGUGCUAUGCAGUGCUAUACAGUGCAGUGCAGUGCAGUGCAGUGCCAUGCAGAGAGAGGGCACUGCAGUGGAGCACUUGCGCUGCCUUGGUUGGAGGCAGCAGCAGGCGGCGGCCGUCGUCGCGAGUGUGGGUGUGGGUGUGGGUGUGGGUGUGCCUGUGGGUGUGGGUGUGCCUGUGCCUGUGCCUGUGCCUGUGUGGGCUUACGACGUAGUUAUUGACCAGGACAACCGCCAGGAGAGCAGCUCGACCCGGCUGGAGACGGCACUACGUAGGGGAUUAGGGACAGCGGAGGCCGGAGCGCGGAGGGCGGAGAGCGGAGCGCGGAGAGCGGAGAGCGGAGAGUGGAUCUCGACAUCGCCGAGACAGCGAUGCUGCUGGGCCAGCUCUGUACGGAUCGAGGAUUUGGCGGGUCGAGGCCCCCAUUGGCAAUCUGGAGCCCAGUUGGAGGAAGCAAAGGUGGCCGCAGGGCAGGUACCGCGACCGAGUUGCAAGUCGAAAAGAGAAGGAGCGGCUCUUGUUGAGACGAUUGUGGCCAUUCUCCAGUCUCGCUUCACUUGGUCGAUUGCGAGCGGAUGGUUGGAAUUCCCGCGCGUCACGGGACCCUCACUAGAGGGCCUGGAUGACAGCCGUGGUAGUACACGGACAGAACUCGUAUCUGAAGUAUCUAUUACGACACGACACCACACAGGUCGCCGAAUCCCGUCGCCUUCUCUCCCUCGACGGAGAACUCGGUCGGCUCUACCGUACGGCGCUAUUCGGCCCUGCCCUGCCCUGUCCUGCGCUGCUCUGCGCUGCGCUGCUCUGCCCGACCCUCCAAAAACCCCUCCUCCCCGCGUACGAGAGGGAAAGACGGAGAGAGCUGCUCCCCGCAAGCAAAGCGAGCAAGCAGUACCAGGCUCGGCACACAUCCGAUCACAUCCGCAGCCCGCAGCCCGCAACCCGCAACCCGCAUCCCCCACUUCACAACUCGAAUCUCUCAUCCUCACUCACCGUGGCGUCAACCUGGAUAUACCACCCGCCUGCUCGUCCCCGUCCCCGUCCAGUACUGCCAAACAAGAGGAGGAGGAUCCAUUCGGCUGGAGUCGCAAGGUGUGUGCUUUCCAGUCAACAGAGAUGUCGGGCGUGGCACAGUACGGGGAGCGCCAGGGACUGCGGCAGCGAGCCUUUGAACCUUCCGACACAAUGACAAUGAUGAGCAGCAAGCAAUAUGUCCAUGGACCGGCACAGGCACAGGCACAGGCACAGGCACAGGCUCAGGCACAGGCUCAGGCACAGGCUCAAUCUCAACCUACACCCUCUUCCGCAUCCUCUACAACAGAGCACGACUACCGCUUCCCACGCAGGCCCGCCACCUCCUUCUCGGACGAGCCCUUUGCCUCGGCCGCGACGGCGAACGCCUCGCUCAUACCCCCCACCCCCAGCGCUACCACUACAGACUCGAGCGUGAGUGAGCUGGAGAGUCUCGAUCUCUCGGCCGCCAGUAGCGCGCGCCAAGAGCUGCUGCGCGAGAGCUUCUUUCCGACCUGGAAUGAUGAUGCGGGCGACACUUCGCUCGACAGCCCCGACGAGAUGCAGAGGAAAGAUCCGCUCGCGACACAGAUAUGGCGCCUGUACAGCAAGACGAAGAAGCAAUUACCCAACUCGGAGCGCAUGGAGAACCUGACCUGGCGCAUGAUGGCGAUGAAUCUACGGAAAGCGAAGGAGCUGGAGGCGGCGGCGGCGGCAAGGUAUGCGAGCGAGAACCGCCGUGUCCACACCGACGGAGAGAUAGAUGGUCUAACAUCUGCUAUCAGGAACUCCCAGCAACAGCCGCAGACCCUGUCGGCGCCCAGUGGAAUCGCGCAGUUGAGGAACUGUUCGGGCCCGCCGGAUGCGGCGGAAGAACAACUCCCGCAGCUGGAUACGCCGAUGAACAUCGACGACUAUAUAUUCUCGGAUAAUAUCUCGACCCCAGCUGGUCUCGGCACGUCGCCUUCUCCCGGCGUACUGAAGGUAGAGGACAAGGAGAAGGAGCCUGGAAAGUCGUCCCAUGCUGUCGCCUCGGCCAUCCCCAUCAAGAUGCGCAAGGAGCCAGCGCAGUUUGCGAUCCCUCAAUCCGUACCGGUGCCUCGUCACCAGGACGAAUUUAACUAUGUUCAACGCCAUGUACGAAAGACGAGCAUAGAUGACAGACGCAACCGGAAACGUCCCGCCGAUUUCUCCCCCCACGUCCCAGCUGUCAACAGCAUCAUGAUCCCCAGCGAACCCAACCACGAGGAGGAGCUGCAUGAGUAUUCUCUCGAUCAACUCCACCCGCCUGACCUACAUCAUCCAUCCAACACGGGUGUCGCCUUUCAACUCGAUACCUUUAAUCUGGAGCACGAUCCCAUCAUUACCUCCGCCGGCCCUUUCCAGUCCAGCUUUCCCUUCUCGCCCGGACAGUCCCCCCUCGUGCAGCACGGUCCUUUCUCUGCCAUGUACAAUAAUCUCUCGAUGCCCUCGUCCUCGAUGAACUCGAAUAACUACUAUUCCCCCCCGGGAAGUGCUUAUCCAUCCGCCGUUUCGACGCCGCAGCCCAUCCCAGAGAACGAGCAAAUGUACCUCCAACAACAACAGCAGCAGCAACAACAACAGCAACAACAACAACAGCAGCAGCAGCAACAACAACAACAACAGCAGCAGCAGCAGCAGCAGCAGCAGCAGCAGCAACAGCAACAAAGUGGGAUGGAUAUGCGACAUCAGCGACUGCACGCAUUCAACCACGGCUCUUCCCACCUUGCCAAUGCCUUGGCUCCUCAAUACAUGUAUAAUGCCAAUGGAAGCUCGAUUUUCACUCAGGUCACGUCGGCUGGCCCUUCCAGCUCGUUUACUUCUCCGACCUCGUUCAGCAUGUCGCAACACAUAGAUCCUACGCAGGUCUUUCAGCCUGAUCAUCCCGCCCGCUCACCGGUUGUUCCCAUGGGCCAUGAGAACAUGUUCAGCUUCGGAGGCGACUCGGAUAACGAGGACGAGGAGGGGGCGGCUUUCGCUGAUAGGACGCUCAUGAUGCAACACGACUUUGCACAGUCGCCACUGGAUGACCCGAACAUGGAGAUGGGCCCCGGCGGACUGCAGUGGGAUGCUACUCUACCGGGACAAUUUAAUACGCAGGCGGCUCGGUAUCCGGGGGGGCUACCAAGGAAACAGGCUACGCUGGGAGGCACUGCCGAUAUGUCUUCGCCGCUGGACUGGGAUGGCUCGGGGGGCUCACUGGGGAGAUCGCACGGCUCUGCCCAGUCUGUCUCGGACAACAGAUCAAGGAGCGACAGAAGACAGAAGAUCCCGCGGAAUGCCUCGACACCGAACACCGCUCUGCUGGGACAGCGAAGCGGGAUGUUCGAGCAGCCAAUGGGACAAUCGAAUCCAAAUUCGCCGCCCGAGGGUAACAUGUCUGGUUUCUCUUCGGUGGCUCCUAGCCGGCCAUCUUCUCCUGGGGGCUCAAGACACGGCUCUUCGACCAACCUCGCUGGAGCUGCAGCGCAGGGCGAGAAUGGCGUUCCAACGACGUGCACCAACUGCUUCACGCAAACCACGCCACUCUGGAGGAGGAACCCGGAAGGCCACCCCCUGUGUAAUGCUUGUGGGCUGUUCUUGAAGCUUCACGGUGUCGUCCGGCCACUUUCGCUGAAAACGGAUGUUAUCAAGAAGCGAAAUCGAGGAUCAGGUGCUUCGCUGCCCAUUGGAGCCACGGCUGGUACGGCCAUGCGUGCCUCGAAGAAGGCUGGCAAUCCGACCUCGACAGGCGGAGCCGGCACUCGGAAGAAUUCGGUCGUAACUGUGUCGACGAGUGCAGCUCCUGCGACCCAAGUGACGACUCCAACGAGUGCGCCCGCGAGAAGCGUAAACGAAAGCCAGAGUCCGCCUUCGGUAUCUGGAUCCAACGGCGGGGGAAGCACGGUCGGUACACCAACGUCCUACCAUGGUUCCGCGGGAUCCUCUGCUGCUGCCAGUGGCGUCAGUGGAGGAAAGGGGGUUGUCCCCAUCGCCGCCGCUCCUCCCAAAGCGACUCCAGGCCCUGGAGCAGCCGCCUCGAGCACGCCACGAGCGAGUGUCGCCGUGGCUCCCAAACGCCAGCGCCGGCACAGCAAAUCUGUCAGCGCCGUCGAGAGUAUGGACGUUGACUCCCCAGAGAACUCCGCCGGCUCCAACGAGGCUGCGAAUUCUCUGGGUAUGAGCUUGGUGAACUCGGGGAGCAUGACGAAUAUUGGACUGGCGAACACCUUUGGCAUGACCACGAGACCGAUUGGCCCUGGUGGAAUGGCUGUGCCGGGCAUGAACGGCAUGAACGGAAUGGGGCCCCCGCCCGGCAUGGGGCCAGCAGGAGCUGGGGGCGCCGGCCCCCAGGAGUGGGAGUGGUUGACGAUGAGUCUGUGA